GUUACUCUAAAAUGAGUGUUUUUUGUGUUAAUUAUUUCACGCGAAACUGUCAUCUUAUCAAGUGUGAUAUGACAGGAGCGUGAUUGUUAUUCGAUCAAAACAUUGGUUUCUUGCCAACUUUGCAGAACAAUAGCAUUACAAGCUUGUCGUAUUUUGAUGGGCUUACCGUGUUUGGAGCAAUGAAAAGUGGAAUAACUGCAGGGUUUUCCCUCUUCAUUUGAGUUGUGAAACAUGCUGGGCUCGUGUCUAGUUAUGAAAAGUCCAAGUGUUAGAUACAAGGGGAGUUUGAACAGGGCUACAACGAAGCCAUUACAAGAAGAAUCUUACUGUACAAGACUGUACAGUCAUCCACCUCUGCAUCCUGGAGAACAAAUCAUCYUACAGCAGGAUGAAAUCAUGUGUGUUGAUAGUUUUGAUAACUACGCCGAGGGGAUUAUUCAUUUGACGACAUACAGGAUAAUAUUUACUGGUGCUUAUAAGGUGCAGGAAUGCAAUGAAACAGAGGGACAAGAACAAAAACUCAAGUUGGAAGAAGAUGCAGAGGAGUUGUCCAGGAAUGCUUCUCGUCGACAGUCCAUUACACUUAAGAAUGAAAGGAACAAGGCUGACUCAGAUGUGUACAAGAGACUUGGAAGGUUUAAAAAGACAAAACCACUCAGAUAUUCACAAUCAGUGAGGAAUUUCAAAACAAGUGGCAUUCCUGGCAUUGAAGAAAAAAACGAAGCAAAACUGAUGACCUACAGACCCAUACUUCACACUUUAGAGCGCAUUGAUCACCAUUAUGAAUUAGAAUUGUCUGUUCCCUGUGCAAGUAUUUAUGAAAUUAGAAAAUAUUCAAGAAAAAACUUACCAAAAAGUAAAAAUGUGAUUCGCAGUGAUGGAUUUGAACUGCUAUGCAGUAACAUCAAGUCAUACAGGUUCUGCCUUCAACAAAAGAUAAAUUCCAAAACAGUCAUUGAUUCAGAGAGUCUAAUUAAACUGCUUCUUUACCACACAAAACCUUCAUUUCUCAGGCUGUUUGCCUUUGCACAUAGAAAGGCUAUUACAAUUCCAAGCAAGACUCCCAUUUUAGAUGACAAAAGUCCUUCGAAUUUCUACAAAUUUAAAGAGGAAUUCAUAAGAAUGGGUUUUUGUUCUGCUACGGAAUGGAGAGUGCCAAAUCAUUCGUGUGAGCAGUACCCAAGACAGACAAUUGUACCAUCGGAUAUUUCAGAUGAAGAACUUUGCAAGGUGUCGAAUUUCCAUAGAGGUAAUACMUUUCCUGCAGUUUGUUGGAGGCAAAAAACAAACGGGACUGUCAUACUAAGAUCGUCAACUACACUUAAUCGACGGGGUUUAGUUGAAACGCAUUGUAAACUGGACGAAAAGUUCCUGAAAUGUGUCUGUCAGACUAACGAAUCAGCGACCAAGAAUAAACUUGUCAUCUUCACGGAACAACCAAAGCAAUCAGGUGCRGGACUUUUGAAUACCCCAGCACAACGAAUGAACGAUGCUACAGGACAACUUACUCCAGAACAAGGAGAAACAUUUUACUAUGGUAACUGUAAAUUCGUGUACACGGACUCACAGCCGGACUACAAGGCAGUACGUCAGAGUGCAGCUAAGCUACAGGCAUUCCUUGCGACCACAGUCGAGGACAGCAAGUAUCUUUCGGCAUUGGAAGAAACAGAAUGGCCGUCUCAAAUCAGUGAGCUACUKCAAUGUGCAACGCAAGCAGCUGUAGCAGUAAAUUGUGAUCAGUCUUCAGUCAUGUUCAGUUACGAAGAAGGGUUCGACAGGACUGCUCAGCUUUCGAGUCUUACUCAACUUCUGUUGGAUCCGUAUUAUAGAACCGUUGAUGGUUUCCAGAUUCUGAUUCAAAAGGAGUGGUUAUCGUUUGUACAUAAGUUUGCUGACCGUAAUCUUCCAGCUGACACGUUAGAUGAACACGGUCCUAUUUUCCUGCAAUGGCUGGACUGUGUUUGGCAGGUUUUACAGCAGUUUCCGUUCUCCUUUGAAUUCAACUCGUCCUUGCUUGAGUUGAUAGCAGAGAGUGCUUAUUCGUGUCGAUUUGGUGACUUCAUAGCAAACUCGGACCAGAUGAAAGGAAUCGAGGAAAAGACAACAUCUUURUGGACUUGGCUAAACGUAGCAAGCAUGUCAGAUCCUGAUCGGUUCGUCAAUCCACGGUAUAGAGUAAACCAAAGUGCUCUUUUUCCUCGAUAUCAUAUUCCAUGUCUUAAAGUUUGGACAUCUUUCUAUUCGUCUGCAUACAAACAGGACAAUGUCCGCGAUGCCAAUAAAGCUGGAUAUAUCCAAUCACUCAAACUAGAAGACGUUUAUAAGGAUUUACUUAAGAAGCACAACCAACUGUCACGACGGUUAACUAACGGUCGAAAACCAAGCAUACCAACAAUCGCUACGACAGACGUGACUUUCGACAUCACUAACGAUAGCGAUCGAUCAUCAUCGUGUGAAGACGAAGACGAUUCUGGGAUUGAUAAUACUACAUCUCCCGUCUCUCUUGAAGUCAGUACAGAAGAAGUCACGUACAGCAGUAAACCGCAGCGAAGAAUGACGAGAAGUAGAUCACUCGAUGAUAUGCUGAGCUUAUCGAAUCAAAAAACCAUCAAAAGRCGAUCAAUCAAACGAAAAGUUGGCGGGAGCAAGUUUUACACGACUGAUUUGCUGAAAGAACUGGAAAAAGAGCCAAGAAAACGAUUUGAAGUACCAGAACCAAUCAUCGAAAAUGUCACAAGUCUAAAGGAGUACUUGGACAAUAUUGGAAUCCAUUUUAAAGCAGAGUUAACUAUCCACGUCACUGAUACACAAUGCAGUGGUUACAUGGUGAAACUUGGAAAAGUCCACAAGAGUUGGAGAAAGAGGUGGUUUGUGCUUGAUCUCACUAAACGAUGUCUCGCUUAUUUUGAGAAUGAGAAGAGUCAGCAUCCAAAAGGUGCCAUUAGUUACCAGUCCAUUGUUCAAGUUUAUCCUCGAAGCAACACAGAAAAGAAAAAACGUUGUUUGUUUUACGUUGAAACACCGARCCGAACGUUUGAGAUUCAACCACCAAAUGAACAAUGUAUGAAAAUUUGGAUUGCUUGUUUGACGAUCCCACAAAGUGCCAUUGGCGUGUAGGUCUAGUGUCGAAUUGCUAGCACGUUUGACAAUGCAGUCAAAAGCUCAAGUUCCGUUCCUUUCGCGAUAUGGUGUCCAAGAUGUUUGAUUUCUGUAUAACAUAAAAGGGCUUUMCAAGAAUCACUAAGUGAUAGGCAAACAGUGGAUUUAUGGACUGUGGUAUUCGGAACUUUCAUUGCGAAGUGUUAGUUAUUGCUAACAAGCACCACUAGGUCGACAUAGGGUGGUCAUAGCAUGGUACAUUAACAAUCGAUCAAGUACACUACUUGAUGGGUACAUACACUGAACGCWGGACGUUUUUUGUAUAAUUCUUAGUCUUUAUUUAUAAUUUAUCAUUUGUAAUUAUUUUGAAAGUAAUAUAAUACUUGUACAUAAUAACAGUCCGUUACCCUUUUAAUGAACUUAGUACCCUCUAUGAUAUUGAACUUAAUACCCUCUAUUAUAUGGAACUUAAUAGCCUCUAUUAUAUGGAACUUGGUUAUUUACAACGAUGGCAACAAAUGAGAAAUUUCUUUUAUUUUUUUCGUACUCAUUAUAAUAUUAAUUGGUUGAAUUGCCAUCCAUUUUAGUUUUGCGUGCAGCCGCACUUACAAUAGAGUGUAUGCGCGCACAUAAUAUAUUAUAGACCCCUUGCAGUUCAUGGGAAUGCAGCUCUAACUGGAGGACAAUGGAUUCUAUUUCCCAAAAAAUCUUUUGUUUUUUUUCCUCCAGAUGAAGCUAAUUUGACAUCACAUGCAAGGGAUCUAUUGACAUUUACUUUAGAUUUUUUAAGAUGAAAACAAAUUAGUAUAAUAUAAAAUAAAGUAAUGUUGUAGUUAUAAAUAUACAAAGGGAACUAAUUUCCUCAUAGUCUUCGUCCAAAGUGAUGCGUAUUGGUGGCGAUUUUGCAUUCGGUUCUUCGUUCCUGAGUGAAUUCAAAAACACAAAAAACUCACGAAAACGCAUCAGGUCCUCAAUGAGGAUGUCACGUUAAUAAAAUAAAGACUUAUUUGGUAUUA